CAUUCUUCUUUUGCUGUCUUCCUACUCCACAAUAAUUGACAGUCAAUAAUCCAUGGCAGAAAAAACAAGCAAUUUUCCCGUUGUUCAAAUACCACUCGAAAGUGAGUUAGCCAACACGUCAAAAUCUCCACCCUGUUCCGCACCAAAUUCUCUAACGUCACACAGUGACCGACAACGAACAAAUCGCCAAUAAUGCGCUCCCUUUCUUCUUAGGCAUCUGCCCGGAAGAUUCUUCUUUGUUCUUAGCCUGCCUUUUUCUAGCCCUCCAGUACGCUCACGGGAGAAAUUUCUCGGUCCAUUCGAAAAAGCAGAGCGAAUUGCAGAACUUGUUCCGCUUCGCGACUAUAAGAAUUCUGUCAGUGCAGAGCAGGCACGGCCACAUAAAAUUUCUAAUUUUUCUCUGAUUUGUAGUUUUUCUCUGCACAUUCAGUCAGAUUUGGUCUGUAACAGAGAAAAAUUGUAUAUUUUCAGUCAGAUUUGGUCUGUAACAGAGUAAGCAGCAUCGAAAAUGACAAAGGAUUGCGGAAAGCACAGCCACGGAUCAUGGGAUGGUUUUCCUCGGGAGAAGUUCUGGCGCGGGCUGUGCGGAUGCCUGCUAUUCUUGAUCAUAAUCGUGCUGUUCGUCAUUCUGAUCAUUUAUUUAGCCCUCCGUCCGCACAAGCCACGGUUCUAUGUGCAGGACGCCGUAAUCCGUCAGUGGAACCUCACGGGAGACGACACGCUCACCUCCAGCUUGCAGUUCACCAUCAUCUCGCGGAAUCCAAAUGACCGGAUCGGCGUCUACUAUGACCGGAUCAGCGGCUACGCCAACUACCUCGGCCAGCAGAUUUCCCCCUACAGCCCGUUAAUGCCUUUUUACCAGGGCCACAACGAUAUCAAUGUUAUUUCCCCUGUUCUUUACGGGGCCUCCGUUCCUUUGGCUCCGUUUGUUGCAGAUCAUCUGAGAUCCGAGCAGCAGAACGGAAUUCUUACUGUGAAUCUGAGGAUCGGAGGAAAGGUCCGCUGGAAGGUCGGCACCUGGACUUCUGGCCAUUACCGUCUGAAUGUGAACUGCUAUGCAAUUUUAGGAUUUACUAGCUGCUGUAAUGGCGGUCAGGCUCCUUUGCAGGCGGGCACCAGGUGUGAUGUGGACGUCUGAGCUGCGCAGAAGCAGCAUUUUUAUAAAUAUUUGUAAGAAUGUAGGUAAAUUUCAGUUGCAUUGGGAUUGCAGUAGUAAAGAUAAGGAUUUCUGCAGGAAAAGCCCUUUUUUGUUUUUAGUAGUUGAUGGAAGGCCUGAAACAGUAAGCCAUGCUGGUGACUGAAGGCAAACUUGAUUUUUAGAUUAUGAAAUAAAAUUGUUAGGUGUGCAGUUUUUUUUCCCUUCUGAAAUUAUAAUAAAUAGGCUGCCAGAAAGGCUAUCUUUUCA